GCUGGGCGCCGGAGCGGGCGGGCGAGCGGGCGGCCGGCACAGUGUGCGCGCCGAGCGGGCGAGCGGGAACGGCAGCCGCAGCCACCUUCCUCCCCAGCCAGCCCACCGCGGGGUUUCAUCCCUUCCUCGGGAGAGCGCCAAAUGCCUGGCCCGACCCAAACCCUGUCCCCAAAUGGCGAGAACAACAACGAUAUCAUCCAGGAUAACGGGACCAUCAUUCCUUUCCGGAAGCACACAGUGCGCGGAGAGCGUUCCUACAGCUGGGGAAUGGCGGUCAAUGUGUACUCUACCUCGAUAACCCAGGAGACUAUGAGCAGACAUGACAUCAUUGCAUGGGUCAAUGACAUAGUGUCUUUAAACUACACGAAAGUGGAACAGCUUUGUUCAGGAGCAGCUUACUGCCAGUUCAUGGACAUGCUGUUUCCAGGAUGCAUUAGUCUGAAGAAAGUAAAAUUUCAAGCAAAGCUGGAGCACGAGUAUAUUCACAAUUUCAAACUUCUGCAAGCAUCGUUUAAGCGAAUGAAUGUUGAUAAGGUCAUUCCAGUGGAAAAGUUAGUGAAAGGCCGUUUCCAGGACAACCUGGAUUUCAUUCAGUGGUUUAAAAAAUUCUAUGAUGCUAACUAUGACGGGAAGGAGUAUGAUCCUGUAGAAGCACGACAAGGGCAAGAUGCAAUUCCUCCUCCUGACCCUGGUGAACAGAUCUUCAACUUGCCAAAAAAGUCUCACCAUGCAAACUCCCCCACAGCAGGCGCAGCGAAAUCAGCUCCCGCAUCUAAGCCAGGAUCUACGCCUUCUCGUCCCUCAUCAGCCAAAAGGGCUUCAUCCAGCGGUUCAGCAUCCAAAUCGGAUAAGGAUUUAGAAACGCAGGUCAUACAGCUCAAUGAGCAGGUACAUUCUUUAAAGCUGGCCCUUGAAGGCGUGGAAAAGGAACGGGAUUUCUACUUUGGGAAGUUGAGAGAGAUCGAGCUGCUGUGCCAAGAGCACGGGCAGGAAAAUGAUGACCUGGUGCAGCGACUAAUGGACGUGCUCUACGCUUCGGACGAACCCGAGGGUCACCCGGAAGAGCAGGAGGCCGAGGAGCCGGUCCACGAGCAGCCGCCCCCGCAGCAGGAAGAGUACUGAGCCGUGGCGGCAGGCGCUCAGCCCUUGCAUUUCGCGUGGGAACUUUUCUUCUGGAGAAUUGGAACAUGUGUGGCCUCAAGCUCAGCAGAAACCAGUUGUUCCCAUCUGCCGUUAACAUCGACGCGCUGUUGCAUCCGCCAGCCACUGUGCGCGCUCGCUCAGGUCCCAUCUCCUCCGCCAAGACACAUUAGCAGCCGGCCUCUCCGGGGCCUCCCGCCUGCGAGACCACGGGCUCACCUGCCUUCAAGUCCACCACUUGGCUGCUUGAGACUGGUUCUGCUCUUUUUUUUUUUUUGUUCAUUUCCUUCCAGAACGGCUCUCCCCCACCCUCACCCCUCCACGACCACCACCCCUCUUUUUAUCCUGGUGUGAAACAAUGGUAAUUUGAUAUAUGGUAUUUAUAUUGGCAUUUCUCAACCCAGUGUCACUAGAUGUCACACACAUUUGUGGUGCUUUGAUGUUUGCAAGUCUAACCUCUGAGUAGAAAUUUGGUCACACGAUAAAUUGGAACAAAGGGAAACAGAUACUUGAUAUGAAAGCCAUAAUGACAGUGAUGGGGGGAGGGGAGCAUUUCUCCCCCCCACACCCUCUCCCCCCACCUAACAUCAAAGGGGAAACAAAUGGAUUCGAAAUUAGGACUUCAGGGCCCAGCAGUGUUCAUGCAUCCCCGUGUUAGCUAACCACACGAUAUGUUGUUCCUUCUGAAAGACAUUCCCUCAAGGAGAACAAACACCAUCUCAACUUGGCCCUGUCACCGCUGGCCCCCGCCCCCGCCCCGUUCUCAUGCUAUUUUCUUUCUCAGGGUCCUCUUUGGUGGCCGGCCACUCUCCCCAAGAAGCUGGCAUCGCUCCUCUGCAGUCCAGCAGGGGGCGCUGCCCCGAGCCAGGCCCUCCUGCCUGGGUCCCCCUCCCUAUGAGGGUUUCAGCCCCCAUCCCGCCAUCCUCCCAUCUGGGGACACGGACUGAGGCUUCAGGGCCGCCUCCUGCCAGGCCCCUUGGGGAGCCCCAUUAAUAGGCACCUUGCCCCGUGGCACCUCUGAAGUCCGUACUGGCCCUGGAAUGCCAGGGCAGGCAAGUUAGGAUUCUCUCCCCCAGCCCUGUGGGCCCGCCCUAUUGGCUCCGCCCUGGCAAUCUAAAAACAACACAAAUGAAUUUAAAGCAUUCCUUUUUUUUUUUUUACUUAAUAUUUGCACAUUUCCUUAGUACUUUUCCAAAUCUUGUCCCUCACUCCCCGCCCCCCCCCACCCCACUUUGACAGAGGGUCCCCUCCCUGGAUCAUCCGUUUCACUUGGUUUCUAACUUGAGAUUUACUUUCACUUGUUAUUGGACUUAGCAGGUGCCACAAAAACAAGAAAACAAGUAUGCCCACCUGUCCCCUCCAUCCCCUCAUUCCCCUUCACCAGAAGCUGAAAAUAAAUUUCUGAAUUAUGUAUCCUAAAGCUUUGACCUUUCUUUAUUAAUCGAUGAAGUGUGGAGUCUUAAAUUCUCACAUCCGAAAGCUUGCCACCGAUAGACGUCUUCUCAAACUAUAUCUUUGCAGCAAAGGGGUAUUUAUUGAGUCACAUGUGAAAGAGAUUGCUUGUGUUUUUGAGGUGAUUGCAGCGCUCUGUGCAGAAUUGGACAGAUGUUCCGUGGUGUUUCGUUUCCCUUUCUUCUCUCUCCUGCUUGCUCUGGGCUCCCGCGGCAGCUCGUUUCUCUCAGGCUGGCAAGCCUGGCUCUCGGCAGUGACAUCCUCCCGCUCCUGGUUACGGGGAGUGGUUGUGCUAUACAUAGCCUCGUGCUUUCCCAAGUCUUCCCCAGAGCUAGUGGCACUCACUGGUUCGCCUUUUUUUAGAAGUAGCUCUUCCAAAGAGGCACAAAGACUUAAUUCCACGCAAAGGAUGCUUUCGUGGCUCCAAGGCGGCUCUCAGCCUGCUCUGAACCUCUUCGUGAUUCUGGUGCCAGGUGGCUCACAGCCCUGACUCCGGUCUCAAGGGACUCUUGAAUGGAGAGCAGAUCCCAGGUUCUCCAGAAACUACUGGGCACCGUGUCCCUUUCAUAGGCCUCCCCAGUGACCUACCACCGCUCCCGCCUCUGGUCCCCCACCUCAGCUGCAAACCUCCCAGCCAGAUAUCUCAGCCUGCAGAAAGAAUGUUCCCGUCACUGGACCUCACUCUCCUUUCUGAAGUCUUGGGGCGUCCGAUUCAUUUACUUAGGGCAUUGCCCUCGAUUCCUCUCUGCCCCUCUCUGAGACAUCUUCCAUAGUACAGGACCCAGGCGACCUGCUGUUGCCUCGGGGAGUCGGGCCCCGCCGACUGGCCCAGUCUUUCCCCUUGGUCUCAGCGCGGCUUCUGUGCAGACCAUCUCCUUUCCCAGGGCCGUCCUUCCUUCCUGGCGCCGGUACCCCAUCCUUCAUCCUGGCAUCUGGGAUGUGCUUUUCUCCAGGCCCCCUGCCCAUCACACAUCCUUGGGCUGGCCCCAGAAGUGUCCUUGGAGUGAGUCCUGCUCCUCCCUGUCAGAAGCCAGGCUUCCUUCCCGUCCCUCCUGCCGGCACGGCUGGGCAUAGCGCUUCCACGCCCCCAUUGAGAGGAAGUGAUUGAAGCAGGGGGCAAAGAGAGAGCCCGCCUCUUUUUAAGCAGAAAAUAAAUAAAUAAAUAAAACCACCCAGUUGACCGAGAGAAGUAAACUCCAGAAGGAAACUUAAGAACUCCCCUCCCUGGUGAGUAUUUCCAUGAUUCCGUUAAGGUUUAAUAUGCAUUCAGAUUACUUUUACUAAAUAGUACACCAUAAAGCUUUUGUUAUAUAUUAAAUGUAAACUGAAAGGAAUGUAAACAUGUAUUGUUAAUUAUAAAUAUAGAUAAGUAAGACAUAGAUGAAAAAGUCCUAUUCAGAUGUAUCACAGUCAUUUUACACCACCCACCUAGUGUCGCAUGGUAGAAUAGUUUUUUGUCUCUGAAUAUGUGAAUAACUUGACUUGCGUUUAUCUUUUUACAUAUUUAAUAAAAAAAAGUAUCUGUUAAAAGUG